AUGGUGGCGGUUCUGUCGGUCGGACUUUGUUCCGCACCGCCGGCGGAAUGCGUUGUUGAGUUGCCUUGCUUACGCCUCGGCCUUUUCCAUUCGUCGACUAAGCUUAAUUUUCUGCCUCAAGUCAACACCGCGGCGGUCAAAUUCAACCGGCCUAAGCCGAGGAGGAGGUGGAGGAGAAUUGCAUGCUCUGUCUCCACACAAACUGCGGAGUUCGAAGACCGCAGCGGCGGCGAAGUAGGAGGUGAUUUGUGCGAUAGGUGUGUUGGGGAUGAUUUUAGCCACGUCAUCAAGUUCAACAUGUCCGAUUUCAAGAUCAGUGAUCGCGUCAGCAUUGGCCUCACCAGCCGAGCUGAUGAGAUCCUUUUUGAAGCCACCGUGAAAGAUGUUAACAGUCCAUUGUAUAACACGAAAGUUGUUCUUCGGAGGCUGAUUAGUGUUCAAGCUAAGCGCAGGGGACUAAGAGCCAUCGAGGUUUUGAAGAGACUUGCUCAUCGCCGAUUAAUGUAUCAUUCUUACUCCAUGCAAGUUUAUGGCUAUAUCUGUUCAUCUACCACCAGUGACAGUGGCUCUUUUACUCUUGUCCAUGGGUAUCAUGGCAGUUUCUCUUUAAGACAUUGGUUGCAACAAUCUGAUUGGCUUCCCACAUUGGAGGCAACUCUUGCUUUGGAUGAAGAAUCAGCAAGGAAAGUAGGAGAUGACACAGUUGGUGGACCUGCCGUUUCCCGACAGUUACGACUUAUCCGUAUCUUGAUGAGGGAUCUUUUAAUUGGAGUUAAUUACUUACACAGCCAUGGACUAGCACAUACAGAACUGAGACUUGAAAAUUUGCACGUUAGCCCUGUGGAUAAACAUGUCAAAGUUGGGAUAUUGGGAAAUGCUGCUGAUUUUAACGAAAGUUCAGAGAGUACCAUGAUAAGUAGCAACAUGGACCGUCGGAAAAUGAUGAUUGCAUUUGACAUGAGGUGUGUUGGAUUCAUUAUGGCCAAAAUGGUGCUGAGGGAACUCAUGGAUUCUUCAUUAUUUGUGAAAUUUAAAGCAUUCCUCACCAAGGGAAAUGAUCCCUCCUGCUUGCGUGAGUUUCUAUUACGCACACUCAAUAAAAAUUCAUCAUCUGGGAACACUGGACUUCAAAUCCUGGAUAGAAACUGGGGUGCAGGCUGGAACUUGCUUUCACUUCUCCUUGCUAUCAAACCGUCAGAGAGAAUAAGCUGCCUAAAAGCCUUGAGACAUCCCUUCUUAUGUGGACCAAGGUGGAAGAUAGACCCGUCUACAGACAUGAUCAGGUGGAGUCUUGGUUCAGCUGCUGUUCGCAUAACAGAGGAGUACAUUUACAACCAGCAGCAGCGAAAUAGGCUUGCACAUUUUAUCGAGCUGAUGGAAAUGUUAAAUCAACGUUCAAAGCCAAGGCAUUGGCUGGCUUUACUUCCGGGAAAAUGGCGGCUUUUGUACUGCACUGGCAGGCAUCUAGGUUUGACGCUUCGGCAGCCUCCUCUCCGUGUGCUUAUUGGCGAUGUGUUCUUGACCGUGUCAAGAGGCUCAGAACCAUUGAAAAACUUCUCAUUUGUCUCAGAUGUUCAAUUCACGGUUUUAGUUGGCCAUAAAUGGCCCCACGAUAAGAGCGGAGUGAAUGGAAAAUUGAAUUCGGAGUCCAGCUUCAGAUUGAAGUCUGGAAGGAGGAUGUAUUUAAAGGAGGAAAACGACUCCAUAAGAUUUCCGUCAUCGACAACGGCAAAUGCCGAGGAUACUGCCAUGAAAGUUUUAUCUGGUAAAAGAUGGAAGAAAAUUGUUUCCUCGGAAGAAUUUCCUUCGACUCUUCCAGUGGUGAAACUUAUCUCUAAUGACUUGGAAUUGACAGUUAGGCUCGAUGAGCCACUAACAAGUGCUGCCGAACAUGCACCGAGUAUCAUCCAGGAGGUGCGCACACAGAUUCCUCCAGAAAUAUUUGAUCUUUCGAAGAUUGUUUGUGGUACAUACGUAGAUUCGAGGUUGCUCAUUCUAAGAAGUGUAAACGGAUCGGCGCUUAUCUUCACAAGAUCGUGCGAUUAA